AGCAACGGGUCUUGGUGCGAUUGGCUCGUUUUCCUCUAUCGGACCUAGCUCGUCUUGAAGCUGAACUUGCUCAAACAAAACAGAUUAGUUCUAUUCCGAAAAUUCUUGGGUCUAUGGAAGAUCAUCUGGUUGCAGUUCCGUUAAACGGGGACUGGAAACGUGGCGUGGCUGUAUCGUCUACAGAUCCACGCAGUGUCAAGGUUUGGUUGGCCGACUGCGGUUUUGAGUGCGCAGUACCUCGAAAGCUUCUUGCUCAUGCGGAUCGCUUACCACCAUAUGGCUUAAGUGCUGCAGAACGAAUUUUUUUCAGUGAAGUUCAAUGUUACAACUUUCAGGUUAUUGUUCAGUGAAUAUUUGUCAUGACUAAGGAGAUGAUUGAUUUUUAUAUAUACUCUGCGAUGUAUUGAACCUGGAUCGUGGACUUCCAGACUCCAUGCAUCCCCCUAAUGAUCGAUUUUUAUACUAUCUAAUCUCAUCAAGCUGCUCAAUUUUAUGCGGAUUCCGAGGUGCGAGUGGACCUACGAACUUCUGUAAACGAAAUCGUCGGGCUGAAGUGCCUUCGCUACAUUGAGUCUAGACCUGCUACUGGAGAGGUUUUGGCUGAUCUGGAACACAUGUAUCGCUACUUCCUGCAAGCUUGUAUGAAUCGCAAGAAACGAGUGAAGUUCUUUCUCAGCAAUAUUUGCCUCCUUCGAAGAAUUUCCGUUCGUAGGACGAUCGAUUUCAUUGUCGACCUCGACGCAAGCCCCAUUGCAAAACUGGGGCUUGUUUAUUGCGGGUACCCUCCGAGUCGGGGCUGGCGCCAGGAUGGUUGGACUCGAGUCGACCCACCCGAGCUCCGUCGCAUCAAUGGAGGGAAGGCAGCAAAUUUCCUGAGAAAGGCCCCAAAACAGCGAUGGUCCUCAAAGAAGGUUGCAUUGCUUCCAGCUCCUCAAAGGACACCGCCCAUAGACAUGCGCGUUGAGCUAUGUGCCCUUGCGGGCAUUAAGAUGAUUGCCACGAUUGACUGAGUUAUUAUCAAUCAGCAUUAACGAGGAUCUAACACCGGCUAUUUGCGUAGUUAAACAUUGAGCCUAAGUUGAAUAAUGAAAUACACUACACAACACAACUUCGUUCCCACUGGAAAAAUAACAGACCUAUGGUCGAGUUCUUCAAUCGAAAACUUAUCUCGAACACAGAUUAUAGACAGACGAAAUUGUAGCACGCAUCAAUCAUUGUAACCUUUAUUCGGGAUUUAAUACUCCGCACUUAUAGCUGUAAGUUCAGAAAAUUAAACAUAGGCUUACAGGGACACAUCAGUCCAUGAUAAAGGAAAAAAAAAUAUGUAGACAAGUCGGUUUACAAUCAAGGUACAUUUUAUCUUAUUGUUAAGCUGCUUGUCUUAUCUUGUCAAUCUAUUUUUAUGAGUCCAUCGCUUCGUUUGACUGUCCAGUUGACUUUUAUAGAUCAGGUACUUCCUGUUACAGCAGCACUAUAGAUAUAUCUAUAAUAAUUUAUUUUGGAUCAGUCAAGCAUUUCUUUCGUUGGGUAUGGAUUUGGAUCGUUGCUGUUCUCAAGGAUUUCAUCGAUUACGAAUAAAUAUUGAUUGAUAUUUAUUUAAUAUCUUUUAAUCACAUAGUUUGUACUAUAGUAUGCGCCGUUGAAGCAGCACCCCUUGAUCUUUUUCAACCAGGGACUUAGUCGUUCAAGCCGGCCGUGUCGACCCAACUAUUUUGGUGCCUGUGUCCUUGUUUCUAGAACUAUGUGUACCUCAUAUCUUAGCAGUAAGUUUUGUUAAAAAAAUAACUUAUAAAAAUUGUAACUAUCGGUUUUACUGAAAAUCGCUAGAACAAUAACAAUAGAAAAAAACGGCUUAACAUUGGCCUUUUUACCGGCAAAACUCUAAUAUCAUUCCUUUAAAGGUCAAUUUCAUUCGAUAUAAAGAAAUACCAUAUUGUCGGUAUAUCUGGACCGGACGCUCGCGCCAAGCGGCGCUCAGUGUCCGAUUAAAACAUAUAUCUAUAUGGUGUCGGCUUAUUAAAAAUAUAUCAACCAUUUUUCUAAC